AAGUCCUCUUCUAAAUCAUAUUCCCUCUUAUCUUUCUCUCUAAAGUCUAAAGCAACCAUGGCCAUAUAUCUUUCCUUGACAAACGCUAUUGCUUCUCUUUCUCUUUUGGUGCUUGCAUUUGCUCUCCCCAUCACGGGCCGACCCGCCACUUUUCUGGAAGACUUUCGAAUCACGUGGUCUGAUUCCCAUAUCAGGCAGAUCGACGGCGGGAAGGCAAUCCAACUCGUUCUUGACCGAAAUUCUGGAUGUGGGUUUGCUUCCAAGAGGCAGUAUUUGUUCGGGCGUGUCAGCAUGAAGAUUAAGCUGGUUCCCGGAGACUCCGCCGGAACUGUCACUGCCUUUUAUAUGAAUUCAAACACCGACUCUAUUCGUGACGAGCUGGACUUUGAGUUCUUGGGGAAUCGGACAGGGCAACCGUACACUGUCCAGACCAAUAUCUACGCUCAUGGGAAGGGUGAUAGGGAGCAAAGAGUCAACCUUUGGUUUGAUCCUGCUGCUGACUUCCACACAUACACAAUUCUAUGGAACCACCGUCAAAUUGUCUUCUCUGUGGAUGAUGUGCCCAUUAGGGUGUACAAGAACAACGAAGCUAGAGGAAUCCCAUUCCCCAAGUUUCAGUCCAUGGGGGUCUAUUCCACAUUAUGGGAAGCCGACAACUGGGCUACGAGAGGCGGGCUGGAGAAGAUUGAUUGGAGCAAGGCACCUUUCUAUGCUUAUUACAAGGACUUUGACAUCGAGGGAUGCCCGGUGCCGGGACCGGCGAACUGCGCCUCCAACCCCAGCAACUGGUGGGAGGGAACCGCCUAUCAAGUACUCAGUGCUCUGGAAGCCAGAAAGUACAGAUGGGUUCGUAUAAACCACAUGAUCUACGAUUACUGCACCGACAAAUCGAGGAAUCCGGUGACCCCACCGGAGUGUGCUGCCGGAAUCUAAAUUGCAGAGCAACCAAUCAGAUCAUAUGAUAUGGACUUACGUGUGCGUACAUGUCCUUGUACACUAGUUGUGUGAUAAGAGUCAUUCAAAUUUGGAUGGUAUAAAUUAAGGGCGGGGGAUAUAUGUUAUUCUCGUGUGUAUAUCAUGUCGAUGAAGCUUAAGUUUAAGCUCCGGGGGAGGGAGAAAAAAGUCAAAUCCUUCCUGUGGGCUAUACGUGUCUGUAUUCUGUAGGCCCAGUACGUGCCAAUAAAGUUUAUGCAAAACUGUGAAAAGGAUGUUCUUGUUCUUUA